CAAUAAAGUUUUAAUACAAAGACCUUGCAGUGACGUCAGUUGUCCAUCCGGGACUUUUUUAUUUUUAUUUUUUAUUUUUUCUGUGCUGUGGAGACUCCGCGCAGGCGCAGUGUGUACCAACCGCUUCGACCUCCGGCUAAGACAGUGCUCGGUUGCUGCUGCCAAAUUCGGUAUAACCGGUAAAACAGGACAAACUCCAUAAUGUACGCCUGUGCGAAAUUCGUCUCCACACCUGCCCUGGUCCGCUCUGGAUCCCGAGCUCUAUACAGACCAGUGUCUGCUGCUGUACUGUCUAGGCCAGAGGUCAAUACAGAGGCCACUGCUGCUCUCCUGCCCCAGUCCCCCAUCACCCAGAUGUGUCUGCGAAGCUUCCAGACCAGUGCAGUGAGCCGGGACAUUGACACUGCCGCUAAGUUCAUUGGAGCUGGAGCUGCCACCGUUGGAGUGGCUGGAUCUGGAGCUGGAAUUGGAACUGUGUUCGGCAGUCUUAUCAUCGGAUAUGCCAGGAAUCCAUCUCUGAAGCAGCAGCUCUUCUCGUAUGCUAUUCUGGGGUUCGCUCUCUCUGAAGCCAUGGGGCUCUUCUGUUUGAUGGUUGCUUUCCUUAUCCUGUUCGCCAUGUAAAAUAAACUAACGGUGGAAACGUACGCUGUUUCGAAUUGUGACUUCAACCAUUGCGCCCUAAAGUGUCUGCUCUUUAAUGUCCAUGUAAAAGAAAAAGUGCAUUUUGAAAUUCACUCUGUCAAAAUGAUAAUGUGUUAUACAAAUGUAAGCAAUUGCGAAAUUAAAAACAGAUUUGAACUAUUUAAAGGACGGUGUAGUUUUUGUACUAGGGCCAUCUUGUUGAACAAAGGCAGCAGUUCCAACGGUGCUCCCCAGAAUGUCAACCUUGAAGAUUCAUAGCAAAACUAUCACAAUUGGGGAAAGUGUAUUUGUUUUGGGUCCACUCAUUUUCAGGGGUUCAGCAACUAUUAUAACUGAUACUGGUGGAUAGUGAACAUGUAAGUAGGCUGCAACUGGUUAAGACCUUUUGCUUUUGUAAAUUGCAUUAAAUAAAUAUAGAUUUCUGUUUA